CUGUUGGCGCGUUGAAUGGUCCUCCCGCCUCAUUACUUUCCUGCUCCGUUCACGACGUUGUAAACUCUCGGUGUUGUGACCUGCUCUGUUACUGCCGCAAAACGGCAGGUUUCGCUUUCUGGAGUUGCAGGGGGAAUUUGCACCGAUGUCUUCAGGAGCAUCUUCAGGACAGAGGUCCAGAGAUUCUCAUGAAACUCGUAGGAAUAAAGAAAGAGUGACCCAAUAUGAUGAGGUCCCUCGAGAAAAUCAGCAAUUGCGUCCACCUCCUCAGGAGAACUUUCUCCCUUCAUCAGGCACUAAAACUUUAAAAGACUGUGAUCUGGCGGUGAGUGCAGACCCACUGCCACCACCACCUCUACCUCUGCAUCCACCUGUUGGUCCUGAAUUUUAUUUGGAUGAAGCUGAUGAACCAGUGACUUCUCUGGAGUUGAAACCAGUGAGACGUUUUAUCCCAGAUUCUGUGAAAAACUUGUUCAAAGGCAAAAAUGACAAUCAGCAGUUGAAUAUGGCUUCUGUCAAUCACAGUAACGGAGUGGAGUGCUCACCACCUGCCUCCCCUACACCUUCUGCUAAAGAAGAAUUCAGACUGGAAGGACAGAAAUCGGGUGCCAGUUCUUAUAGGGAUCCGUUCGGAGGCUCUGGUGGGAGCUACAACUCUCGGAAAGAAGUUGAAUCUAUGCUUCCUCGAGACCCCUAUGAUUCAUUGGAUCGUCAUACCCGCACAGUGCAGAGCUACAAUGACAAGGUCCGGGAGUACAACUUGAAAUACUCCUACAUGAAGUCCUGGGCUGGCUUACUGAGGAUCUUGGGUGCGGUUCAGUUGUUGUUUGGGGCAGCUGUAUUCGCUUGUGUUUGUGCCUACAUACACAAAGACAAUGAAUGGUACAACAUGUUUGGUUACUCCCGUCCAUAUAGUCAUGCUGCCAACAGUUUGCAAGGGGGAUACUAUUAUGAUGGACCAAAGACUCCUUUUGUUAUUGUUGUUGCAGGCUUGGCAUGGGUGGUCACCAUUAUUUUGCUUGUACUGGGCAUGUCCAUGUACUAUCGCACCAUCUUACUUGAUUCCAACUGGUGGCCAUUGACUGAAUUUGCCAUAAACGUUGUUCUUUUUAUCCUCUUUCUGGCUGCUGCCAUAGUAUAUUUGAAUGAUAUGAACCGUGGUGGCCUUUGCUACUACCCCCUCUUCAACACUCCAUUGAAUGCUACGUUUUGUCGUGUGGAAGGGGGACAAAUCGCUGCAGUCAUCUUUCUGUUUGGCACCAUGUUCCUAUAUCUCAUCAGCUCCAUUGUGUGUCUGAAGCUGUGGAGACAUGAGGCAAAGAGGAGACACCUAAACUAUGCCGAGUUUGAGCUGGGAAGUACAGAAGCCGGAACAUCCACGGAAACGCAGGCAUUGCGAUCUAAAGAGAGGUCUGCAGUAACUGACGCAAGCCACAGAGAAAUGCAGCCAGUUGAAAUGAAACCAGUAGUAUUGAGUGGGUACAUUCCCGCAGGUCACAUUCCAAAACCGCUUGUUAUGGCCGACUACCUAGCUAAGUAUCCUGCUAUUAGAACACCUGAAGAGCGGGAACGCUACAAAGCUGUAUUUAACGACCAACAUGCAGAAUACAAAGAACUUCAUGCAGAAGUGCAAGCUGUUCAGAAAAAGUUCAGUGAAAUGGAUGCCAUGAUGAGCAGGCUACCUCAGCAUGCUGGGUCCCAGCAGGAGUAUGACAGGAUUGCAAACGUCUUCCACGAAUAUCAGAAGAAGAAAAAUGAUCCCACAUUCCUGGAGAAAAAAGAACGUUGUGAAUAUUUGAAGAACAAACUCUCCCAUAUCAAACAGAGGAUUCAAGAAUACGACAAAGUCAUGAACUGGAAUGAUAACUUCUGGAAAACAUCGGCGUGUGUGGAAAUACCUGUUCUACAACAACUGAAGGACUUGUUACAGAAAAUAGCAGCGUUCUCUAUUGACAGCCAAGUGCCAGCCAAUGAGUUGCAGGGAGAGGCUGGGUGUCGGCCAAUGGGUGAGGGGCGGAGGCAGGUUCUCGCCCGGAGGGUUGGGAGGAGCCGCGCACCUUUCGGGGUUGGAUCUGGGGAAAGGUUUAAGCGGGUGGUUGCCCGGCUCUCGGUCCGCGGAUCACCUCCCAGCCCCAGCCCCAGCCCCAGCCCCGCUGUAACUAGCGCCCAUUGUGAAGGAGCUGUAGCGGGGCUGCGGAGCCGGUGCCGGGACACUCCCCGCAGGACCCCCAGGGUGAAGGAUGUCGAGCCGCGAGUGGGAUCACCCUCCUCCCUACCACCCGGGCAGCGAGUACGGGUGAGUAUUGGCCUCCGUCGUGAAGUUCUGGCCCUCCAGCAUCAGCUCCGAUUAUCGAGGGUUGUGUAUGGAGACGGCAUCUUCCAAGUUGUGCUCUUUCUUGGAACAACCGUGCAGUUGACGUGUGUCCCCCGUGGUUCAGCCUAUGCACCAAGUAAGGAUAUGUAUGACGGAGAUGUGCGAUCGCAGCCUGCUGGUUCCUAUUAUCCAGAUGAAACACAGCACUUCUACAAAUGGUCUUCUCCUCCAGGAAUUAUCAAAAUUUUAGCGGUCCUUAUCGUUGUGAUGAGCAUCGGAAUCUUUGCUUGUGUGGCGUCAACCUUACCCUGGGACAUGGACUAUUACGGAGGAGGGAUGGGAGUAGGAAAUGGCAUGGGAUAUGGAGGAUAUGGAGGAUAUGGAGGAGUUGGUGCAGGCUUUGGAUCUGGUACAGGCUAUGGAUAUGGAGCCGGAGUUGGAGCAUAUGGAUAUGGAGGUGGCUACACUGAUCCGCGAGCUGCUAAAGGCUUCAUGAUUGCGUUAGCAGCUGUCUCCUUCAUAGCACUCCUGGUUGUCUUUAUCAUACUCGUGUCACGGGCCAGGCUUUCAAGAUCAAGAAAGUUUUAUUUAAUUCUGAUGAUUGUGUGUGCAGUCGUUGGCUUUGUAAUGUUUGUGGCUACAAUUGUCUACAUCAUGGGAGUCAACCCCACAGCCCAGGCUGCAGGAUCUGUCUUCUACAAUCAGCUGCUGACACUCUGCAAUCAGUUCUACAUCCCAUCCACCACUGGAGUCUUCACAAAUCAGUAUCUCUAUCAUUACUGCGUUGUUGAACCACAGGAGGCCCUUGCAAUUGUGAUGGGAUUCAUGAUUGUAAUAGCUUUGGGUCUAAUCAUCUUUUUUGCAUAUAAAGUACGAAGCAAAAUUUCAAGGUAUGGUAAAGAAAACAUCCUGUGGGAUAAGAUUCCCAUGGAAAGUGAGAUGGCUCCAAAUGUUGAAGAAUGGGUGAACAAUGUGUCUGGGGUUCCAGAGGAACUAGUAACAGAUGGUUUUUAUAAACCAAAUGGUUCCUUGAAUGAAGCAGACCAUGAGUCCAAUCGUGUAAACAGAUUGCAGCCUGAUGAUGCAGCUCACAUCCCUGAAGUUUCAGUUCCAUUAAUGUGUGAGCAGCCACCUCAACAUUCGUCCAGCAGGGACUCUGCUGAAAGCAAACCGUCCUCGCAGAGAAAGCCUCCGAGGAAGAGGAGACCUGGAAGAGCAAAAAGACCAGAGAAUGAUGAAUAUGAAACAGAUUACACGACUGGUGCAGAAUCCUGCGAUGAGUUAGAUGAAGACGACUUGGGAAGUCAGUAUCCACCAAUCACAUCAGACCAACAGAGACAAGAUUAUAAAAGGGAAUUUGACAAUGAUUUGCAGCAAUACAAGCGUCUCCAGGGUGAUCUGGAUGAAAUAAAUAAACUGUUUUCCCAGCUGGACAAGCAGAUUGAUGAGACAGAGGACAAUGAGCAGUACCAGGCUAUUGCUGUUGAAUAUAAUAGACUAAAAGAAGUGAGGAAUUCUGAAGAAUAUCGAGAGAAGAAGAAACAUUGCAAGCAGCUUAAGACAAAAUUGGCUCAUAUCAAACAGAUGGUUAAUAACUAUGACAGCCAGAGGUCCUGAGUGCCGAAACACGCACUUCUCGUGGAAACUUAAAGUGGAGGAUUGUUUCCAACAGAUGGAUCUGACAUGAAAUAAAAAGCCAAGACUUUUUAAAGAGCCAAAAAAAUUAAUUACAUGGUUUCAGUUGCUUCACUAUACCUUGAUAAAAUUUGAAAUUGUAUUUUUAUGCCUCUUAUUGAGUUUUGAUUUCAUCUUUAAAACUUUGUCAUUUGUAUUCUGUGGAUGAAAAAUAUUUUCAAUGUUUUACUUUUUGAAUGGUACAGAAGGUUGACUUACAAACGAGGGCCUUGGGUUUUAAGGUUCUUGAAUUCUUAGCUUUAAUAGAGCAAGUUGAAUGUAAAAAGAAUGAUUUUGUUUUGUAUGAUUGUUUCUUCCGUAAUUGUGAGGGAUUUACUCAAAUUACUUUGGACAUUUACUAACCAAGCUUGUGGUGCUAUUCAAGGCAAUGAAUAGCAUUAAUACAGUUUUUUUUUAAACCACAUUCUGUGAAUUGAAAUAGUAAAAAGAUAACAUUAUGUACCAUAAACUGUUUGUAAUGACCAAUCCAAUACACACAUCAGAUCAAACAAUCAUUAUAUUAAUCAAUGAAUAUUGAAGCAGGGCAAUGGUUUGACAUAAUUUUUCUUAAAAAGUUCAAUCAUCUAUGUAAUUACUGUGGAAAUGUUUUGAUUAAUACUUGAUAAAUAACCAGGGAGGAUGUGUUUGCCAUGUAUAUAAGAGGGGCACUGACACAUCAGCAGAGUUUUUCUUGGGUGGAGUAUAUAGCCCAUCUGCUUUGCAUCUUACCUCCAGGAUCAGACAUUGCAAGCAAAUACAGCUGAAGUCUGGGCAUAUUAUUAUAGACAAAUGCAGUGUUUUCUUAUUCAAAUCAAACCGUAUAUUAGAUUUUAAAUGUUCCUGAUACUAGAGUGUAUGGUUGCAUUUCAUAUAUACUAGUAGAUAAAUUUAAAGUCUUAAAUUCAUGACUUUUUUUGUAACUACCUGCUCAGUUUACAUACAAGGAAUUUGUGAAAUUAAGUACGUUUAGAAAAUUUGAUGUGCAUUUUUAAUCUGUAUUUUUUUAAUUGUAUUUUACCAUUUAAUAAAUGUUCCAGUGGUUUAUCAGUC